ACCUGAACUUAAUCCACUUGAUUAUUCCAUCUGGGAUAACAUCUCAAGUAAUGUGGAAUAUCAUAAGGUCAAAACAAUCAACGAUUUACGUCGAGAAGUCGAGAAAGCAAUGAAGAAAGUUGACGUUGGUUAUGUACGGGAAGUGAUUGGUGCUUUCCUUCGACGAGUAUAUUCAGUAGAAAAACAUGGUGGUGAAUUGAUAAUCGAUGAGUAUAGUUGA